AAUAACACGCUGUGUCAUUUGCACUUAAGACUGAAGAUCAUAAGACGCAAAGAAGAAGAAGAGGACAGUCAUCCUGUGUCAUGUUGGCUGAAGGUUUUCUCAGAGUGCUGCUUUACAGGGAGGAGAGAAAGUUUGCCUCUGCUUCUAAGCUAAAGAGAUCACACGUACACACUCAUCGUACGGAUCAGCUCAACUGCAUUCUUUCGGAGUCGAAGCCUAGAGAACUACAGACUGAAGCAGGUCCAAACGAGGAAGAAUACUCCACCGAAUUCCAUGGACUGAGAGUGGUGCCUCAAGGUCCUGUAGGGCUCUUAAUCCCUGGGUGUCCACCUGUCCUCACCCUGGACCCUGACUUCACACUUUGCUUAGACGAUUGCAGCCUCUUGGAACAGUACCCAGACCUGCAGGUGGCCGACUCGGGCCGCUUCUCACACAACCCACCGAGAGCCAUCGUGCCCCAGUACACUGUCCCCCGUCACCCAGAAUGGGCAGCCCAACAAGGCGAGUCUGCCUCAUACAUACCCAGUGAGAACAUCAGCCUGGAUCUGCCCGGAUCAGGAUUGGAGCCCAUGUCGAACUCGGUGCUGAACGGGCUGCUGGAGAAACAGCUGGAGGAGGUGUACAUGCAGCAUCUGACUGACAACUUGGCUCGAUGCAACUCCCAACUGGGGAACAGCCUCCUGCACGGCCUGGUACCACCGCCGCAGCCCAGCAGCCAGGGGCCCAACUCGCUGGAGGCCAGUAUGGAAAACGAUGGCGACAAGAAGAUUAGUUAUCUGAGCACCCAGAACUUAGUUCCCUACUCGUCCAACUUCAGCUCCCCGGUGCUGAGGAUUUCAGAGGCUGACAAUCUGCAGUGAAUGCAAUAAAUCCAAUGCAAAAGUAUUACAGGUGAUGCUAUGCUACGGCUUUAUUGCUUCUGCACUUCCAUACCUCCAAGUUUACACAACUGAGAUGUGAAAACAAGUGAAAUACAGUAAAUGAAUGCAAGCUUUUAUUAUUGUUUAACUAUAUUUACACAAUGUCUUUGUUUACUUGCUUGAUGAAAUCCUGCCUCAUAUUCACCUGCUCUCAUGUGCCACCUGCUGUUAGGUUUUAGAACGACACCGUCCUGUAUUUACCUGAUUCAACAUGUGACUUUAUUUUAUUGAUAUCAUAUGUGAGUGUGUGUAAGGUAUUUUUAUUUUUUUAUUUUUUAUUUAAGGUUAAAGGAUUACCUACACAUACUUGUAAAGGGACAUACAGACAGCAGCAACAACAUAUAUAAACAAACAAAAAAGAUAAGAAAAAAGAAUACUACCAGUUGUAAUAGUGCAGUGUCAAGAGAUAAGUUCAUAUUCACAUAGAUACAACCAACCUCAUAUAUAGAGUGUGAAAGGUAUUUAUUAUGUUGAAGCAAUCCAGCGUAAGAUUAUAGAUUUAGAUGUAUACUGCACGUUUAAGUUGCCUUGUAAAUAGAGAUGUAACCUACUGUACAUUAAUCCAUCUGGUCUAAAUGAAGUAAAAUAAGAUUCCAAUCAACAAAUAAGCAGUCAUAUUUAUUCCUCUCUUUUUUUGGAGUUUUUAAGUGCAUUUUGAUUUAACUUUGCGGUUUUUAUUUGCUGGUUAUAUUUGGUCUUAUAUUCUGUCUUCUGAGAAGGAAAUUCAAUAUUGUGCACCAUGUCUUGUUUUUCAAGUGAUGUGUCAGUCUCUCAAUAAUGUUUGGAUAUACAUGAAAUAUAUUAAAUGGUUAAGUAAAGUGUUAUUUGAAACAUACUGCUAUUAUACACACAAAAGUAUAUUGAAUGACAGCACACAUAUUGAGUAUGUAGUGCAUAGUAUGUGAUUUUGGAUGAAGUCAAUGAAUGGGAGUCUGAUUUUGUAGACUUCUUUCUUUUUUAUACCCAAAUGAGUUUUAUUCUAUUGUAGUGUUGUCAUUUGUGAAACAAAAAAUGUUCCCAUAUACUCAAAACGUUCCCCUGGGUGCUCUCAGGGUCAUCUGUAACAUCUCUCCCAUUCACUGUCUAUGAAGCAGUUACAAGCUUUAUACCGUAUGCCAUUAAAGUUUGAGUUUUA